AUGCCUCCCACCUCGCCCUUCGCCCCCCGCCAUUUCCUUUCCAUUGCGGACCUCUCGCCUGCCGAGUUCGCUACUCUUGUUCGCAAUGCCUCUUCACACAAGCGAGCCAUAAAGUCCGGGUCAAUUCCCCAGAACUUGCAGGGAUCUUUGCUGGGGAAGACGGUGGCUAUGAUCUUCAGCAAACGGAGCACCCGAACUAGGGUAUCAACAGAAGGUGCUGUUGUGCAAAUGGGAGGUCAUCCGAUGUUCUUGGGCAAGGAUGACAUCCAACUGGGGGUCAACGAGUCUCUGUACGAUACCUCUGUCGUUAUUUCGUCCAUGGUAUCCUGCAUCGUUGCCCGUGUCGGCAAACAUGCAGAAGUUGCAGAUCUAGCGAAGCAUUCUUCCGUCCCAGUCAUCAAUGCUUUGUGCGACUCUUUUCAUCCUCUCCAGGCCGUCGCCGAUUUUCAAACAAUAUACGAAGCCUUUACUCCCAAGGCACACCACCUUUCAAGUCUGGGGUUGGAAGGAUUGAAGAUCGCUUGGGUUGGUGACGCCAACAACGUCCUGUUCGACAUGGCCAUUGCUGCUACAAAGAUGGGUAUCGACAUUGCUGUGGCUACCCCCAAGGGCUACGAGAUUCCUUCUGACAUGCUGGAGCUCAUUAAGUCUGCCGGAGAGGGUGUCUCAAAGCCAGGCAAGCUCCUGCAGACCAGUGUUCCCGAAGAAGCGGUCAAGGACGCCGACAUUCUAGUCACAGACACCUGGGUGUCAAUGGGUCAAGAAGAAGAGAAAGCCAAGAGGCUGAGGGAAUUUGAAGGUUUCCAAAUCACCGCUGACCUUGCCAAGCGAGGAGGCGCAAAGGAGGGCUGGAAGUUCAUGCACUGUCUCCCGCGACACCCAGAGGAGGUCAGUGACGAGGUCUUUUACAGUAACCGGUCGCUUGUCUUCCCUGAGGCUGAGAAUAGGUUAUGGGCUGCGAUUUCUGCUUUGGAGGGAUUUGUUGUCAACAAGGGGAAGAUUGAGUAG